AUGCCAGAGCUGGGCCUGCCCGCAGGGCUCCCAGUCAUCCUCAGACUGGGGCGACUGUCUUCCUCGGGACGAAGGCCUCCAGAGAGUACUGAAGCUGCUGUGGAUGAUGCUCACUGCGGCCCCCCUUCACCCCGCAGGCCACCGGCUCUGAAGAUCCUGCUGACCAACACCAAAGUCCCUCGCAGCACCAAGGCUCUGGUGGCCAGUGUCAGGAGCAGGCUGCUUAAGUUCCCGGAGAUCGUGACGCCCCUGCUGGCCUCCAUCAACGCGAUUUCGCUGGAGUGCGAGCGGCUGCUGGGGGAGAUGGCAGCGGCCCCGGCCCUGGAGCACUACCUCGUGCUGGAAGAGCUCAUCGACAUGAACCAGCACCAUCUGAAUGCCCUUGGCGUGGGCCAUGCCUCGCUGGACCAGCUCUGCCAGGUGACCAUGGCCCAUGGACUGCACAGCAAGCUCACUGGCGCGGGCGGCGGUGGCUGUGGCAUCACGCUCCUCAGGCCAGAUCUGGAGCAGCCAGAGGUAGAGGCCACGAAGCAGGCUCUGACUGACUGCGGGUUUGACUGCUGGGAAACCAGCAUCGGGGCCCCCGGCAUCUCCAUCCACUCGGCUGCCUCCCUGGAUGUCCCUGUGCGCCAAGCCCUGGUUGGUCUCUGAGAUGAGCCCGCGCCACUGCAGCCCCACCAAGAAGCGCCUUCCUGGGGUAUUCUGGGUGCCGGAGUUGGCUUCGGGGCUGGCCAGUGGGCCCCAGCCUCUGUGCGCUGGUCUUCCCAGCAGCCGUACCCCUCCAGUCCCAGCGGUGUGAUCUGGAACCUGCAGUGGGCUGGGGAUCCUGGAAGACCCGGUCUGUGUCCUGCCUUCUCUUGAGCUGCCUGGGCAGUGGGGUCGUGUGGGGUCCUCUGAGAUGCUAGGGCAUCUUUGGGCCACUGCCGCCUUCUCAAACCCUCUGCCCACUUGGCUGGACGCUCAGAUGCAGUGUGCCUUCUCCCUCCCUCUGCCACCUGUCUCUCAGGGCCCGGCCCCUCCCACCUCCUCCAGGAAGCUUUCCCCGACCCCUGGCAGGGUGACCCUGGUGCCACCUCCCUCCCUGCACGCCCCGUCUGUUUGAACCGUUCAGCACUGCGUGCUCUGCUCUUCUCUCCAGCUAGACUGCGGGCCCCCCAGCGGUUGUAUGGGCAGUGGUCUUUGCCUUCUGCCCUCCCGUCCCAGGGUUGGCCGAAGGCAUGGUCGAUGUACCCAGUUUCUUCCAGUCUGUACCCACAGGAUUUGCAGAAAAGAUGGCAGAGGGGAAAUAAGAAGCUCUUGAGUAAACCAGGGCUUCCCUUGGAGUCCAGAAAGAAGGAUGACAGUCUGGUACAGUCUCCAGCCCGCCCGUGCCUGCCUCCUCUGUACCUUCUCCAGCCACUUUCCCCCGUGGAGCUCUUAAGGAGUUGAAGGAAAGAAGGGCUUUGGGCCACUCAGUUUUGUGUCUCAGGGACACUACUGGUAGGGUUUUCCCAGAUGGCCCUCAGUCCUCCAGCACAAUUCCUACCUGCUUUUCCAGAAAGGGGAGUUUUAAGCUUCCUGGCCCCCGGAGUCGUGAGCACUCAUGAAUUCACAGACUUUUGUGAGCCUUAGAAACAAAAACCUGUAGGUU